AGAAGGGUGCGUCUUUGUCUCUCCCUCCCCCUGUCCCCUACACAGCUCAUAAAAAACAGCUUAGUAGACUAGUUAGCGGAUAAAAGGUGAGAAGGGGGCGUCGUCUGUCAGCACUUCCGUGGACGGUCCCAAGUAGUGGAACAGCACGUCGAGCUCUAUCGUGUGGCGCGCAUCCGUGCGCGUUCUUUUUUGUUGUUCUCUCUCUUUACUGAGAUCACUUUUUAGGUAGAAGUAGCGAUACCGUUAUUAUCAUUAUCAUUAUCAUUAUUACCUCCUCUGCUUAGCUGCGCCUUCAUUAGGGCGAUUGAGAUUGCAAGGAAUACCAAGCGUCACAUUGCACGACACGUUCGCUGACCUUUAUUCGCUUGACCAUCUCUUUUCCCCCUUCUCUUCCCACGGAGCCACGAAAGAUGCUCCGCUUAGUUCACCGGGCUGCCCCGCCGGCCGCGACGGCGAUCUACUCGUCGUCGUCGCUGUCAUCCUCGGUUGGCGCCUUGCAGACGGCGCAGCGCACCAAGUACAUCCGCCAGCCCAGCGCGCAGUGGGACCCGAUUCACGAGGACAUCAACGCGCACGUGAAGAAGCGCAUCCCCGGUGAGACGCGCGUGGACCGCGUGAAGCGCUUUGCGCGUGAGUGGCGUAACGUGGAGUUGGAGCUGGGCGUGUACAAGGACUCGCGUGGUCGCGAGAUCAAGUACCGCAAGACAUUUGUGUACCGCUACACCUACCCGAACGCCUUCGACGAGUUCUGGUGGCCGUGCAAGUAA